GAAGCGACAAGAAAACAACACCAUGUUGACCGCUAUAUGGAACAAAGUCUUCAAUCUUGCAGGCUGCAUUCUCGUUGCCAUCAUUUAUGCUUAUCUUCUCAAGUAUUCUGGAAAGCUCUUGACCUUUGACACCCUUGUGACAAUAUUCCUGGCAGAGCUGUGUCGAUGGACGAACCAGCGACGGCGACACAUCUCGACUGCGCGCCUUCAGGCUGGCGCUUCUCUUGACAUCGUCGAGAAGGGAGAGAAGCAAACCGUCAGCCCGGGAAUGAUUGCUGCAGUCGUUGGGUAUCGAGAAGAUCCGUUCUUGUUCAAGCAAGCGCUCGAGAGCUACCUACAAGCGCAGGAUUGCCGCUUCCUUCUCGUCAGUAUCGACGGGGACACGGAUGAGGAUGAAGAAAUGAUAGACGUAUUCAGAGAGGUGUGCAAAGACAACGCCGCGUUCAUCCAUCUCGACGUCCCACUCGCCCAAAUUGCCUUGCAGUUGGAAAGAGAGAGUGAAGGUCGCCUCUCCCAAACCGACAUAAUAACAAGAUGCUGUUCUAUUGCACGGGGGGCAUUGGAUGAGAAGGGAGUGAAUGUGUCCGGUCCUGGUGCAAUCACUCGCCUCUGUGUGAGCCAGCCGCACAUGCAUAAGAAAGGCGUAAUGUUUACCUCUUUCAUCAUAUCCCUCGUGGUCUCGGACAUGUUAGGUAUAGAAUUUGUUUGGACCUCCGACUCAGACUCGAUGGUGCUCCCCGAUACCCUAACGCGUACGAUGGAAACAUUCAGUGAUGGCACUAUCGGCGGUGCAAGUACAGCGCUUUAUAUUCACAACAGGAACGAAACGACAAUCACUAAACUCGGAAGCGGAGUUUAUCUGAACGAGCUUUACUUGGCCCGAUCAUUCACCGGUUCGGCUGCAGCCAACGACUGCCAGAGCGGUCCCUCUGCUGCCUUUCGCAUCUCUGCCAUCCGUGAUGAGCUGUUGGGUUGGUACAAGCAGACUGUUCUAGGCCAUUGGAUGGUUACGAACGAAGACAGGCACUUGACUACUCGUCUCCUCCUUAAAGGCUGGCGAGUGGUCUUUGCCAGCGACGUCCUAACAGCCACCGAAACUCCAACAACACUACGAAGAUGGCUUUUGCAACAGGUCCGCUGGGCACGCGCAGUGCACAUUGAAAGCCUCCAUCGCCCGGCCGUCUAUCUCGUGCAAUCGCCCAUCCUCUUCCUCGCCUCCCUGAGAAGGCAGACAGCAGCCUUCCUUGUGCCCACAACGAUAUUGAUUUACCUAUUCACAGGCAUUCUGGUCUUCGACGGCAUCCCAUUGCAGGACCUCGUCCGUCGUCAGACCAUAAUAUUCUUCUACCUCCUCCUUCGAAACCCUUAUCGACCCUCGCUGAAUACCUGGCUCUGGUUUCUUCCUGCCGCUGCGUUCUAUAACAUCCCUUUGCCGGCUAUCGAGAUUUGGAGCUUCUUGACGGUUUUCCAUGACUCCUGGGGAACAACCAUGCGCUCUCAGAAGGAAGUGAGCAGGCAUUCCAGAUGGGCCGUUCGAUUUUGGGAAGUCGGAUUUUUCAUCACCUGGAUGGCAGUUGUCGGAGGCACUUUAGCACGAUACCUGGCUUCAUCCUGGAUGUUGAGCCCGUUCCCCUUGGGGGCAUGCAUAUUUGCUGGGGCAGCGUCGGCAGCGGGCCUUUCGAGCCUUUGGAUGGUUCUUUCUGAGUGAUAGCAAUUUGUCUAACCUUAAGCCUCUGCGAACCCUAUCGUACUGAGAGGCUGCCUUGCUCUGCCAGAUGGGGCUGUCAGUCAGGUAUUCAUCACACUUAUAUUCAACAUGGCUUUGACGCGACCUAUCGUUCCUCCUCAUUUCUGAAUCCUAUAAUCGGUCACAUUUUGGCUUUACUUGCAACAGUAAUU